AUGCAAGCAACAUCAUCCAAGACACCAUCAGAGACGUUCUGCUUCUUGAACAGGUCUUUAUCCUUGUUCAAGAAGCAGAACGUCUCUGAUGGUGUCUUGGAUGAUGUUGCUUGCAUUCUUGGAUGCACACGGUCAAACCUUCAUAUUGUUGGCGCUUCAAAAGGAACGGUAAUUGGUAAUUUGUGCUUUAAGGAAGAUGGGGAUUUAGUUGAUUGUGCAAAAUUAGGUCUGAGUGGCAAGUCGAUUCCGUACCACAUGGCCAAAGUUACCGAUCUAGAGUCUGAUGCUCUGUUUAUCUUGCUUGUGGAAAAAAAUGGUGUCUUUAUGAGAUUGACAUGUCAGCAAUGCCAUGUCAGCAUGUGA